GGCUAGUUUACAUAAGUUUUUUUUUUUUUUUUUUUUUUUAAGCCUACCAUUACAGGUUGUAUACUUGGCUAUACAAUGGGGACCAAAGGUCUGAGGACGCUACCAAGUCCUGAUUGUUUUUAUUAUUUUUCAAGGAAUAAUGCAAAUAUGACACUCCAAUUUCACUUUAUUUCAUGCAUUAUUGAGACAGCUCCCCAUCUUAUUAGGAUGCAUCCCACCAGUCACUGGACCAUAUACCCAAUCGAACAUUUGUGGGAACAUCAGUUGAAGAGGGAAAAGGCCAAACAUCGAGUAACAUCAACAGAUUAUCUAUGGGAUGUGCUGAGUAAGUGCUUGGAUGAAAUAGAAAAUUAAGUGUUGCAAAAUCUGGUGGAAUCAAUGAGUCAACCAGAGUGAAUGUGGUAAUCAAGGAGAAAGACGGACACGCACAAUAGCCUACUAACAAUUUUUGACCUUCGGUAUGCCUACACACCUAUAUCUACCUUUUUUGUCUUAAAUGAUUAAUAAUAAUGUAUUCUUGUAUAAGGUGUAUAGUACCAUGAUUGUAAUAUCACAACUAUUAAUUAUCAUUAUUCUUGUUCCAACAAACAGUUAUUGUUAUUGCUGAGAUAGCGCUAUAACAGCACUUCAGAUACACUAAUUUUGUGUUCUAAACAAAGGCCUAGUCUGUUGACUUAGCCCAAUAUUUCGAUCAGUCAAUGGCACGCGAGACCUAUUCUGUUGAUAAUUACAUGUAAAAAGGCCAGGUGUACUGAAAGACUUUAUUUUCUUCAUUAGUCUGUUCACAUCAAACUGAUAAUUGUGGUCAUGCCGACUUAAAAAGCUAUUCCCACAAAAGCGAACGUAAUUAUUUUUCUUUCUGUUACACAUUAGCCAUGUAUUUAAAGCUAUUCACGGCUUGGUGAUAACGAACGCUGUCUUUCGGGAAUGCUGGAUUUUAGCACUUGAUUUUGCUUUGAACUUUCCCCUGAGCUGUGAAAUCGUAAACUGUUACGGCGCACCGCCCGUAUAAAGCGUUGCACCAGUGUAAACAGCCCUGUAGAACGUUUCAAUCAGAUCUCCGAAAUAGGCAACUUCAUUUUCGGAAUGUCGAACCUUGCUGGGAAUAUUGUUCAUUUUGAUGGAGACAUUGACAUGCUAGUCACAAAGAUCCUUACAAACUGGGACUGUUGGACUCAGAAGAAAUCUUUUGAAGGCUGUCAAGAUUCAUCUCAUUGUACGUCUCCUGAGUCGUCGUUUGAUUCAAUGUGCUCUUCGCCGGAGAUGCCAACAAACGCGAGUGGGUGCCCGAAUUUUCCCUAUCCUCAGCAAGGACACAGUUCCACUUCAUGCGCCUCACAGAAGCCAUCCAAGCCGAAGAUGUCGACCAAGCGACGCAUGAAGGCAAGCGAGAGGGAGAAAUUGAGGAUGAGAAGUUUGGCAGAUGCUCUUCAUCAACUCCGUGAUUACCUGCCUCCGGAUUACAGCCAGAGGGGUCAACCCUUAACAAAAAUUCAAACUCUCAAAUAUACUAUUCAGUAUAUCAACGAACUUUCAGAACUUCUCAGAACUGCAUAAUUCUUUAAGCACAUUACCCACAGACCUGGGUUAAAGUGGACUGCGUAAUACUGACACGCGAAUGCAAAAUGAGUUAGAUGCAGCCUAAACUGCUGCUUUUGAACUUGAACGGACAAUUUCCGAGUGAAACUGAAUUUGUUGUGUAUGCAACUGUGGGUGCUGACUUUAUAUUGUUGUUUUGAUAUUUUUGUAUAACCAGCAAUGUAGUCUUGUGUUGCCUGAUUCCUAGCCUAUAAUAUGGGAUAUGCCCUGCCAUCCUGAAAUUUUCCAUUUGAUUUGCUUGAAUGGCACUUGAAUUUUGUCAUAUUUGGAGCCUAUUUUGAUUUUGUAACAAACAAGCAUAGUAAACAUAUAACUCUGUUACAUAUGGCCAUUACUUGCACGAUACGAAUGAAGAUAAAAUCAACAAACAUGUUUGAGAGGUAAUUCGGCAGACGACAACGUUCUACGAUCACUUUUACUGGCUAAGUGUAAGUAACAACUGGAAAUUGAUUUGAAUUGUAAAUAUAUUAGAUGUCAAAGAAUAAAAUAAUUUCAUUAAAAUAUGUCGAGGAUUCAGUUUGAAUUGGGGUAUUCAGGUAAUGUCGUUCACCUAAACUGUUUAUUCACCCACCUUGCUGACAGUAGGCUAAAACUUGAAUAAUAAUA